CAACCAAUGAAUCUCCAGGCAAACCAAAAUGGAUCCUCCCAAACGAGACUCUUAUUUAAACUCACGAUCAGCACGAUGAUCUCCCUUUCCUUACUACAGUUCAGUAAUUAAGCCUAUGCUACCCGUACAAGACCAGCAUUAUGCGCCUCAUACACACUCUGGCAAUACUCUCGCUUUUCUCAGAGACCUCGCUCGCAGAAGAUAAUCAUCACGAAGGUGUACGAAUCCAGCAACACAAUGUCAACGAGAAAGCGAUCCGCGGAGUGAAGAAGAUGAGCAGUGACGAGGGCGAGAAGUUCUUCCCGGAUUAUUGGUCUUACGAUGGCUCCGAUGGGUUAUCGGUGGGUAACCACACCGACAUCGAUGACAAUGACAAGCUCCAACCAAGAUUCUACCCAUUCCAACCAGCGUCUAACAACCUAGUACGGGGCUUCUCCCUCUUCCAACGAGACUUCCAAUGUCCAGCUGGCACCACCAGUUGCACAUCCAUCGACCGCCCGAGCAGCUGCUGCACAACCGGAGAUACCUGCGAGUUAGUCCAAGACACGGGGUCUGGGGAUGUGGGCUGUUGUCCGCAGGGACAGACAUGCUCUGGGGUCAUUGGGUCGUGCCAGUCGGGAUACACGGCGUGUCCGGCGAAGCUAGGAGGGGGGUGCUGUAUUCCGGGAUAUGAGUGUGUUGAUGGUGGCUGUGCCUAUGUAUCCACUGUGACGGUUACUGUCCAUUCGACGGUGUUUGUGUCUACGAAGACAUAUACGACCCCUGUGUCUAGCUAUGUGCCUAGCAGUACAAGCACCGCCAGCAAGAGUUCCGACGACCUCGUACCCCCGGCCCGACCAACCAGCCUUUCAACAGCUACAACCUCCAAAUCAUCCAGCGAAACAGGCUCAAUCUGCCCGAUCGGAUUCUACGCCUGCUCAGCCGUGUAUCAAGGUGGAUGCUGUCGCACUGGUCGAGACUGCGAUACAACCUCCUGCCCGAUGAUGUCCUCGACGGCAGUGGUGUCCAACAACGACGAGACCAUCGUGGCGCCGGCUGUCAGUACUGAUUCCGCGACGUGCGCGGGUGGGUGGUUUGGCUGUGGUGAUAGUAUGGGCGGGGGAUGUUGUCCGACUGGUUUCGCGUGCGGCUCGGCUAGUUGUACUGCUUCUACUGGAGAGAGUGUAACUGCGACGGGGACUGUUGCGAAAGAGACUGGAGGUGGUAGUGGGAGGGUUGUGGAUGGGAGAAUGCUGUUGAUUGUAGCAGUUAUGUUAGUGGUGACGCUCUCAUGAUGAUUGAUUGUACGUAUGUAUUCACUAAUAUAAUCAUCGUAUACUCUGUAUUAUGUACUCCGGAAAAUGGCCUGUU